UGGGGACGCAGCCAGGACAGGCUACGGAUGAUUCUCUGGAAUCCUCUUGACCCUGUUCAUGUCCUUCUGAAGCAGCACCUGCCUGGACAUCUGCUCCCUGUAUCACCCUCCCACACACACCCCCAGAGAGGCCAGACCUGCUGGAAGCUUCCAUGGAGAUCCUGGCAGUGAUAACCCCAGUAAUUGCAGGGCAGCAAGUGGAGAUAAGGGAGCCAAAUUAUUACAGUGCAGGAGGUAAGCAAAGCAAAUAAAGGGUCUGGGCCUUUUAUGGGGGAUGCAUGGGGCGUUCAGGGUGGAAGAGACAAAAAUCUCAGACAGGGCAUGGUAAUUUCCUAGACGAAGAACCCAAGAGGCCCCAUGUGGCCUAAAAGAUGUCCCCGACCUACAAAUUAGGCUGACUCCAGCCCGCCCGGCCCCGCGCUGGAGCUAUUUAAGGGGCGAGCGAGGGCGGCGAGUCAGCGGCCCCGCGCCCCUCUUGCUCCACGCGCAGCGCGGUCCCCGCAGCCAUGAGCCGCCAGCUGCGCUACUGCGCGGGCGCCGAGCGCCGGGGCUUCAGCGGCUGCUCGGCCGUCAUCGCGGGCCGGGUCAGCGGCAGCGCAGCCUCGUUCCGGGCCGGCGUCCAGGGCACGGCCGCCUUCGGCAGCAGGAGCCUCUUCAGCCCGGGCGGCGGCCGGCGCCUGGCGCUGAGCGUCGCGGCCGGGCGACCCGGUGCCUACGCGCUCGGCCACUCCGCGGGCCCCGGCGGCGGUCGCCUGGGGGGCUUCGUGGGCACGGUCUUCGGCAGCGCCGGGCUGGGGCCCGCGUGUCCCUCCGUGUGUCCGCCCGGUGGCAUCCCUCAGGUCACCGUCAACAAGAGCCUCCUGGCCCCCCUCAACGUGGAGCUGGACCCCGAGAUCCAGAAGGUGCGCGCCCAGGAGCGGGAGCAGAUCAAGGCGCUGAACAACAAGUUCGCCUCCUUCAUCGACAAGGUGCGGUUCGUGGAGCAGCAGAACCAGGUGCUGGAGACCAAGUGGAACCUGCUGCAGCAGCUGGACCUGAACAACUGCAAGAACAACCUGGAGCCCAUCCUGGAAGGUUACAUCAGCAACCUGCGGAAGCAGCUGGAGACGCUGUCCGGGGACCGGGUGAGGCUGGACUCGGAGCUGAGGAGCAUGCGGGACGUGGUGGAGGACUACAAGAAGAGGUACGAGGUGGAGAUUAACAGACGCACAGCUGCUGAGAAUGAGUUUGUGGUGCUUAAGAAGGAUGUGGACGCCGCCUACAUGAACAAGGCUGAGCUCCAGGCCAAGGUGGACUCCUUGACGGAUGAGAUCAAAUUCUUCAGGUGCCUCUAUGAAGGGGAGAUCGCUCAGAUCCAGUCUCACAUCAGUGAUACGUCCGUCAUCCUGUCCAUGGACAACAACCGGGACCUGGACCUGGAUAGCAUCAUUGACGAGGUCCGCGCCCAGUAUGAGGAGAUCGCCCAGAAGAGCAAGGCGGAGGCCGAAGCGCUGUACCACAGCAAGAUCCAGGAGCUGCAGGUUACGGCAGGCCAGCAUGGGGAUGACCUCAAACUCACCAAGGCCGAGAUCUCGGAGCUCAACCGGCUGACCCAGAGGAUCCGCUCAGAGAUAGGGAGCGUAAAGAAGCAGUGCUCCAACCUGGAGAUGGCCAUCGCCGAUGCUGAGCAGCGGGGCGACAAUGCCCUGAAGGACGCCCAGGCCAAGCUGGAGGAGCUGGAGGCCGCCCUGCAUCAGGCCAAGGAGGAGCUGGCCCGGAUGCUGCGUGAGUACCAGGAGCUGAUGAGCCUGAAGCUGGCCCUGGACAUGGAGAUCGCCACCUACCGCAAGCUGCUGGAGAGCGAGGAGUGCCGGAUGUCUGGUGAAUACCCCAAUUCCAUGAGCAUCUCCGUCGUCAGCAGCACCAGCGCUGGGGCCGGAGGCGCUGGCUUCAGUGUGGGCUUUGGCGCCUCGAGCUCUUACAGCUACAAGCCCGCGGCGCCAGAUGUCAAAACCAAAGGCAGCUGUGGCAGCGAGUUCAAGGAUCCCCUCGUCAAAGCCUCGGGCAGCAGCUGUGCCACCAAAAAGGCCUCCCGAUGAAGGGCAGGUGGCGGGGGGCUCUGUGAGCAGGAAGCUACGGCCACCUCCUCCUCUCCACCCCGGGUCCCCUCCCAAGUCAGCAAGUGCUUCCUCCGUCACCAGACUCCCAGUCCCAUCCCCUCUCCUGGUUGUCCUCAGUCGGUGACACUCUGAUGCGGGAAGUCCAGUUGUGGGCACCUUUGGUGACCUCCUCCUUGGCCACCUUUCACUGGGUCACUGCCCCCAGGUGCAGACAUAAUACACAUACCCAGGAUGCUUCCCUGCAGCCAGGUGCAGCCCCUCUGUCCCCGUGCCUUUCUUGGGCCUUCACAGCCGAGGGGCUCUCUUUGUCCUCUGGUUGGGGUCAUGUCUCAUUCUCUGCUUCUCCCACAAUAAAGCGUCAGUGCCAUUUGA